AGGAGGUGGGGUGGGGGGAGGCGGAGAGACGUGGACAGUGAUGCUGCGCGUUCUCCGCUCUCUAAAUGAGGGUUGUCUUUUUCCCAGUUCAGCCAGCCAGCCUUCUCCACCCUUUUCCCGACGAGGAUCUGUAAUUUACACGACAACAGCAGCGCGUCUGUCGGACCUCCAUCAUCGUCAUCUGCGCUGGAUCGAACCCAGAGCUUCUGCUGCUCCAUCCUCCUCCUCCUCCUUUCCAUCAUCAUCCUCCCCUUCAGCACACGGCCAGAGGAGCGGAGGAGCGGAUCACCGUGCCAUGUGCGGAGCGACAUGUAUGCGUGAAUUCAUGCGGUGACAGAGGAGUAAGGAGGGGGGUAAAAAAAGGGAGAAAUGGAGCAGCUGUCAUCAGAUUCCUGCAGACGCACCCUGGGUGAAACACUGGAGGCUCUGGUGUAGAGAGGAAAAACACCUUCAUACGCAGCAGUCAGCUUGAAAAAUUCGUUUGGAUUGACAGGAAAACGGAAAAAAAAGACAAAACAAACAAGAAAAAAAAAGAGGGAACAGUGAUCUGGUGUCGCUUUUCAUUUCAACCUCAACAAUGGGGGAGCAGCCCAUCUACAGCACGCGGGCCCACGUCUUCCAGAUCGACCCCAACACCAAGAAGAACUGGCUGCCCGCCAGCAAGCACGCCGUCACCGUCUCCUACUUCUACGACAGCACGCGCAAUGUCUACCGCAUCAUCAGCCUGGACGGCACCAAGGCAAUAAUCAACAGCACCAUCAGUCCCAACAUGACGUUCACAAAAACCUCGCAGAAGUUUGGCCAGUGGGCUGACAGUCGAGCGAACACCGUCUACGGGCUGGGAUUCUCCACAGAGCACCACCUGGCCAAGUUUGCAGAGAAGUUUGCAGAGUACAAAGAAGCAGCACGGCUCGCUAAAGAGAAGAGUCAAGAGAAGAUGGAGAUGGCCACGUCUCCUUCUCAGGAGUCUCCGGCAGGCGAGCUCUCCUCCCCGCUGACCCCUGUGACUCCCCCCAUGGAAAACAUCAACGGCACAGAUGAAAUCUGUGACACCACUCCCAACUCAGACCCCCGCCCGGAGCCGGCACAGAACGCUCUGGCCUUCGCACACAGACGUCUGUGUAGGUCGAGGAGCCACGUGAACAUUUUGGUUGCGUUUGACGGAUCUCCGAAAGGUGCAGCGGAGAGCCCGGCAAUGACAAAACACUGGGAGGCCGAGCUGGAGGCGCUAAAGGGGAACAAUGCCAAGCUAACAGCAGCUCUGCUGGAAUCCACAGCCAACGUCAAACAGUGGAAGCAGCAACUGGCUGCCUACCAAGAGGAGGCAGAGAGACUACAUAAACGGGUGACAGAGCUCGAGUGCCAGAGUAACCAAACCCCAGUGAUUAAAUCCCAGAAGACUGAACUAAACCAAACCAUAGAGGAGCUUGAGAAUGUGCUACGAGAUAAAGAAGAGGAAAUGGAAAAGCUAAAAGAAGAGCUGGAAACCAUGAACGACCUGAUGGAGCAGAAAGACACGCUCACUCAGAAGCUUGAGGAGACGGAGCUGCGCAGCCGGGUGCUGGAGGAGCAGCUGGCAGGAGCCGAGCAGCGGCUGGAGGAGAACCAGGAGGAGCAGGAGAACUUCAGGAAGAGCCUGCGGACGCUGCUGGAGCUGCUCGACGGCAAGAUCUUUGAGCUGACGGAGCUCAGAGACACCUUGGCUCGGCUCAUAGAGGAGGCCAGCUAGAGAUGGAGGUUCCACAGAUCACAGAGCCAUAUGAUAAUUUAUUUACACCAACCAAGCCCCCCCACCACCACCCCAAUGCCUCCCCUUCCUCAUGUACCCCACCCCCACCUUUAACACACACACACCCACACAAGAACUGAGACGCUGCACUGCCCACAUUCAUAGUUCGCUCACAAAGGGCAGCUGAAUCCAACUUUUUACCUAACAGGCAUCAAGUUUCUACCAACUGCAAGCACUCCUGUAGUAAAGGAUGAUGCAGGGACUACCUCAGACUGCCUUCUGAUUGGCUGUUUGUUGGCAUAACCUUGUUUGGACUCAGCUGUGGAGAUGCCAGUGGAGGCACAACUGCCACAACUGCCCGCCGCCCACAACCCCACCACAACCCGUCACACUACAGAACUGUGCCUCGGUGCCACCUACUGUUUGACUGGGAGAGCUGCGCCACAGCUCAGAGCAUCACAUUUUUCUCACCCAAUCACACACACACACACUCACACACACACUCCUCUCUGAACCGCCCCUCCAGGGAGGAAAAAAGUGGGGGAGGAGGAUGUUGAAAGUCAUGCGGAAAUAAUUGCUGUUAAGACUUAAAGAACUGCGCCAAAGCUGCCAAAUCCCUUGAAAAAAAAUAUUGUCCUCUUAACUAGCAGAUGCUUUGAUCCAAAGUGACUUUACCGUUCGGAGACAUUUUUGGAGCAGAAGAACCCCAUGUUUGAGCUCGGGCUGCCAGAGGAUUGUAACUGGGAUCAGAGAAAUUGGUUUUGGCUGCUGGGAAAUGGAGUCUGAUGUACUUUGUAAAGCAAAAAUAAAGAACUUACCACACCUUAAUAAUAAUAAUAAUAAUAAUAAAAA